AUGGAGUUAAUUAACGCUGACGUGUCCGCCUCGGUACCAACAACGAUACUGGCGGCAGCCACGCACGCUUUCCUGCCCCGAGAUACCUCUUCCACCUACUCCUCCUCGUAUAGACUCAACAGAGCACCUAUCGCAAAACCAAGCACCCGUUUGGAACAGCUUGCGGUAUCGACCACAAGAGCUCCCGCCUAUACAGGUGACUUCGGUCCUCAAGAUGGCUUGGAUAAGAGUCAAGACAACAAAGACCUGGCAAUGAUAGAUAGGAGCAAAGGUGACGAGAGAUUAGAUCCUGAUAUACACACACCAAAAAAGGACUUCCAGAUCCCCACGCUCUCUUCUCUCGUAUCCACCCAGACACUGUCGGGUAAACGUAAACGAUCCAUCACCCACAUCGAGGGAAUACCAAUAUCCAUUUUGUCUCAAUCUACCUCUCCUCCUUCGCCCUCAAUCACAUCAAGAAAGAUCAUAAGUAGUAGGAAGAUCAAGCAACUGGACAAGUGCUUUUCCGUUCUUAGUCUCAAAAAUAAUCUACCCUUACCAGCUGCGAGAAAAACGGUUGGCAGUCGAUCCGAGUCCGAUUCAGACUACGAGGAAGAAGAUGAGGAAGAAGUUGUCUCAUCCAUUUCAACUACACAUUCCAAUUCAGCCAGAAGCUCUGGUAGCUUCGUAUCGACUUCCACUUCGUCAGCAGGUAAAGAUGGAAGAUCUGAUUAUGAGUUCGGGUAUGCCGUGGGAUAUGAUAGGAUAGAGCAGAAAGAAGAAUCUUCCAAUAUAUCGAUCAAAGCAAAACGAGUCAACUCUCCUUCAGAUUCAGUUUCAGAUCAUGGAUUCGACCCAGACUCAGAUUCGUCUUCAGAUGACGAAGAUGAUGUAGUGUUCCUUCUCUCUCCCUGA